UCCCGCUUCCCAGAAGACAUUCUUGUCACAGCUGAAGUCGAAACUGAGAGAGACGUGUUGCUGAACUUGUGAGAACUGAGAAGAAGGAGAAUUCACACUGAAGGACUUUUCAGAAUUGUUGUAGCGAGGGGUGUGAGAGGAGUGUGUGUGUUUUUAUAUAUAUAUUAUGGGAGAACAAUGGUGAAGUAAAAGUAAUGGAGGUUCAUGCCAGUGCUCCGGAGCAUCCAGAUAAGGAAUAUAAGCUGGAUAAAGGAUCUGUGAGGCUGUGGACGCACCUGCCUCUUCUCUUUAUCACCAUCGUGCUGGUGAAAGGACUUUUGAUCACAAGUGCACACUUUUUGCUGAGGGAAAAUGCUGGACAAUCCGGAGACGUAAAGCCGAGUGACCAAAGCCCGGAUGGAGAGAAGUCACAGCUUCUUGCAGAAAUCCAGAGACUCAGCGCUCUCCUGCAGAACAUCACUGCAGACCCUCGAUGUCAUCUUUGCCUGAAGAGUUGGCACAGGUUUAGGGGUCACUGCUACUUCAUCUCAGCAGGACUGGAGGGAGACCGUAACUGGGCCGAGAGCGCGGAAUACUGCACCAAGCACAACGCCAGCCUGGCCGUCAUUCAGGACAGAGCUGAGAUGGAGUUUAUCGUCAGUCAGAUAAGCAGGUUUUCAGAGACGCCGUUUCUGUGGAUCGGCCUCACUGACGAACAGGAGGAAGGCGUGUGGGCGUGGUUGGAUGGAACGAUGUUACGAAACCACAGCUUCAUAAAAGUGCAGUGGGACUCUGAACACAGAGACUGUGCAGACCUGAGAGGAGACGGAAGUGUGUUUGCGUCCGUCUGCGAGUCCUACGGGCCGUGGCUGUGUGAGAAACCCAUGGACCUUCAGCCGGAGAUUUCCAAUCAGCUCCAAAACUAUUGGCACCCUUCCAUUGGCUAAAAUUAAUAUUUAUAUAUCUUGAAUAUUGUGCAUCAUAUUUUCCCAAAGUGUUUCAAUGGAUUGAAUCAUCAUUCCAGGAUUAAUAUUUGGUGAAACAUCUACUGGAGGAAUAAAAUAACAGCAACUGAAGAUCUUCCUGUGAUGAUGGAUUCCGAGGCUUGUAUAUAAUCCAAAGAAUGAGUUCAUCAUGAUAAAACAUUGAGUUUAGGUCCAUUAAGUUUUUUUUUUUUUUUUUAACUUUAUUUGGAUGCAUGUUUUUGGGGGUCAUGAUCUUGCUGAAAUUUCCAUAUAUGGUCAUCUUCAAACUUCCUGAUCGAUGCAACAAAAUCUACGAGCCACAAAACAGCCCCAAAGCAUCAACAAUCCACUUCCAUGUUUUCCGGAACACUUGAUAGCUUUUCCUUUUGUAUAUAGUCCUCUUUUUUUUCUUUUUUUUUUACUAAAACUGAUGAUCGUAUUCCUGGAUAAAACAUUUGCUUUGGUUCUCAGUUCAAGUGAGACAUGAUGAAGACUCAGAGCUCCAUUUGACAGCGAAUAACGUGUCUCGGAUGUACGUGAGCAAUGAAUCAGGAUGAAGUCACGUAUUAAAA